AUGGAUCUCUUGUUCCAGCAACCGCAGCCUCAACAGCAAGAUCCCCCCACCGUCCAUAACCCUCCAAAUAACGUGCCCGAAAAGAAACGUCGUCGCCCGCCACUCUCGUGCGAGCAGUGCAGGAGACGAAAGGUCCGCUGCGACCGCUCCCAGCCGUGCAACAAGUGCGUCGAGUCCAACGCCCCGAGCUGCACUUAUGCGCCGGUUCACAUCCCUGCGUGGCGAGCCAAGAAGCUGGAUCUCGCAGCAAACACCAUCGGCAAUGGCGGUAGUAGUAGUAUCAACAAUUCCAAUGGCGGCGGUGAUGCUGCAGCUGCUGUCGACGGAGGAUCGGCAAAGCCUCACAAGCCCACCAGUCUCGACUCCACCAGCGCGUCCUCUAAGCUGGUCAGCUCCAACGCCGGGACUUCGUCAGCCGCCUCCUCACCCAACGUCGACUGGCUGGUUGCGCGGGUUCAGCAGCUCGAGGAGAGGCUUGCCAAGGCUCUGCGCCUCAGCGAUGCCCCGGACGCGCAGAAGCGGCUCCAGGCUGCUCCGGAGAUGACGGAGCCGGCGGAGGGAUUCGUGGCCAAGUCUCGGUUCUACGGGCACAGCCACUGGCUGUACGGAGUCAACAUUCUCACUGUUGAGCAGGACCUUGUCGGCCAGGAAAAGGUCAACCAGGGCGAGCUAUGGGCCACGCUCGGCAGAUGCAAGGCCCUCGGCCGCAAGAUCAAGAAGAACCGCCUCCGGCCUCUCUCCUCCACCAACCUGGGGGCGCAAAUCCCCGAGCGGGAGCUGGCGGACGUGCUGGUCGACAACUAUCUCCGCACCUUUGAAGGCGUCUUCCGCGUCGUCCACAUUCCGACGUUCCGGGCCGACUACGCGCGGUUCUGGGAGGACAGCCACCCGUCCAACGAGUCCUUUGCGAUCCUCCUCCAGCUCGUCAUGGCUCUUGGGGCGGCGCUGUACGACGAUGUCUUCUCCCUGAGGCCCAUGGCGACGCAGUGGAUUUUCGAGGCGCAGAUGUGGCUGAUGAUGCCGCCGGAGAAGAAGAGGAUCAACAUGGAAGGCAUACAGAUCCAGUGUCUGCUGCUCCUCGCCAAGUCGACGUGCAACGUCGGCGCGGACAUGGUCUGGAUGAUGGCCGGAAACCUGGUGAGGAACGCCAUGUUCGUUGGUCUCCAUCGCGAUCCCCAAUAUCUGGGGGAUCUGACGGUGUAUCGAGCCGAGAUGCGGCGUCGUCUGUGGGCGACUGUGCUGGAGCUGAACUUGCAGUUCUCCUUUGAAGGCGGCGGCUCGCCACUGCUCUCCACAGCACACUACGAUACCCUUCCUCCCGCCAAUCUCAACGACGACGAGCUUACAGAUGAAAAGGACAGCGCCAGGCUGACUGUCAAGAGCCCAAAGGUGCCAACCCAGACUUCCGUUCUGCGGGCUCUGGUGGCCACGAUACCCCUGCGCAUGAACCUCAUCACCCACGUCAACAGCACCAAACCGGGCGAUCACUACGAGGAGACGCUGCGACUGAAUUCAGACCUGACAAAGUCCUGCCGCGCCGUCUCAGAAACCCUGCUCUCUCUCCAAGCCGCACCGCACUCACCAAUCACGCCGUUCCAUGUCCUGGUGACGGAGAUCCUCCUCUACCGCUGCUUCCACGCCCUUCACCAGCCCGUCAUCGUCAAGCAUCUAGACGACGCCAGGUUCUUCUUCUCCCGCCAGAUGUGUCUCGACAGCGCAAUGAAGAUCACCCACAUCUGGGGCCUGCCCGACGCCUGGACGGGAGACAAGGAGACGGCGGCCAAGGCCAUGGACGCCGACCUCAAGCGGCUCGUCACCAACGGCACCGGCUUCUUCCGCAACGUCGCGACGCAGGCCAUGAUCAUCAUCCAGAUCGAGCUGCUCAACGCCAAGGCCGGCCAGGCCACCAGCCUGGGCUACCUCCCGACCGUCGGCAGCGCCAACCUGCAUGCGCGCCUCAACGCCACGCGGACGUGGUCGCUCGAGCGGGUGCGCGCGGGAGAGACCAACAUCAAGGGCAUCAUCCUCAUGACGGCGUGCCUCGCGCACGUCAAGGCGCUGGAGCAGGGCGUCGACGCCAAGCACAAGACGCGCAUGAUGUUCCAGGCGGCCCUCGACAUCAGCCAGCAGUGCCUGGAGAUCCUCAAGGGGGUGGCCGAGCGGGAGGGCCUGCCGAGGAGCGAGUGGGAGGACGGCGGGGCGGGCGCGGUGCUGGACGAGGCUUCGGUGACGAGCAUGGCGAUGGACUGGAUGCAGGAAUGGAACUGGGAUGAUGGUGGUGGGCAGGGGAUUUCGUUUCCGCAGUGGGAGGCUGAUUUCGAGGGGGCUGAGUUGAUGGAUGAUUUGGGGUUUGAUGUCGUGCAGUUUUGA